GCCUGGCGCCUUUUCUGCAAGCGCGGGGGGUUGGGGUGGAGGGGGAGAGCAGGGCGCGUGAUGCCCCCGGCUCGCCCAGCACAUGACCCAGGCGGGCCGGCGGGGUCCUGGCAUUCCCGCGCCGCUUCCCCCAGCAGGGCCAUGGCCUCUCCUCGCCUGGGGACUUUCUGCUGCCCCACCCGGGACGCGGCCACGCAGCUCGUGCUGCGCUUCCAGCCGCGGGCGUUCCACGCGCUGUGUCUGGGCAGCGGCGCGCUCGGCCUGGCGCUGAGCCUCCUGCAGCUGCUGCCCCGGCGCCGGCCCGUGGGUCCCGGGGCCCCCGCCAGCUCCCCGCCGGCCUCGGUCCGCAUCCUGCGCUCCGCCGCCGUCUGCGACGUGCUCGGCUGCCUGGGUAUUGUAAUCCGGUCUACGGUGUGGUUAGCAUGCCCAGAUUUCGUUGAAAGCAUCUCCGAUGUGAACGGAACAGACAUUUGGCCUGCUGCUUUCUGCGUGGGGAGUGCGAUGUGGAUCCAGCUGUUGUACAGCGCCUGCUUCUGGUGGCUGUUUUGCUAUGCGGUCGACGCCUACCUGGUGAUCCGGAGAUCAGCGGGGCUGAGCACUGUGCUGCUGUACCACAUCAUGGCGUGGGGCCUGGCCACCCUGCUGUGCGUGGAGGGAGCGGCCAUGCUCUACUACCCCUCCGUGUUCAGGUGCGAGAGGGGCCUGGACCACGCCAUCCCCCACUACGUCACCACGUACUUGCCGCUGCUGCUGGUGCUCCUGGCCAACCCCAUCCUGUUCCAAAAGACGGUAGCUGCAGUGGCCUCUCUGCUGAAAGGAAGACAAGGCAUUUACACCGAGAACGAGAGAAGGAUGGGAGCCGUGAUCAAGAUCCGAUUUUUCAAAAUCAUGCUGGUUUUGAUGAUCUGUUGGUUGUCAAAUAUCAUCAACGAAAGCCUUUUAUUCUAUCUUGAAAUGCAAACGGAUAUCAAUGGAAGCUCUUUGAAACGUGUUAGAAAUGCAGCCAAGACCACAUGGUUUAUUAUGGGGAUACUGAAUCCAGCCCAGGGAUUUCUCCUGUCUCUGGCCUUCUAUGGCUGGACAGGAUGCAGCCUGGAGUUGCAGUCUCCCAGGAAGGAGAUCCAGUGGGAAUCGCUGACUACCUCGGCUGCCGAGGGGGCUCACCCAGCUCCGAGGGGCUCCCACGAGCCCCACGAAACCCCCGAUUCCAGGAAGGUGUCGAGACUCGGUGGGCAGACUUCUGACGAAGCCCUGAGCAUGCUGUCUGAAGGUUCUGACGCCAGCACAAUUGAGAUCCACACAGCAAGCGGGCCCCGCGACACAAACGAGGCGGCCUCUGCGGCCCGGACCCACGGAGGCCUGUGAAGGGGUGCGGCCGGGGCCAGACCCUAUCCCUCGGGCUCGCACUUCUCCUUCAGAGCCCUGCUCUGCCGUCCCCGCCACCCCACCGUGCUCCCAAGUGUAGCGUCCCUCCCCCCGCCCCCAGUCUUGCUCUGGUCACCGCGCUGGAGCUGCUUCCUGAGGACCCUUCGUGGCGGGAAUGCGUCCCGCGCGUGCUCGGGGGUGGGAGGAGAGUUCCUUACGCGCCAUCGGCAGCUUCCCUACACUCGCAGCUGCCGCUGGGAACGCGUCUGAGGCUGGCGGCAACGUGAGUGCAGGAUCCAAGUAGUGGGGAAGUCCAUAAAUAAAGUGAU